GUCUGGACAUUAGUAUGGCUUGCGUGUGCUACAGUGCUCAUCUAUAUAAUUGUAACGGAGUUAUUGAAUUACUACAGUUACCCAUCGCUUUCUUCAACGUACCUCCGAUUUGACCAAAAACUUCAGUUUCCUGUCGUUACACUGUGUACCCAAAAUCCAACCGAUUUUAACAGCGUAUCAUUGUAUUUCGAUCAAUCUUUUGUGGGUCACUCGGAAAUACCAGUGGUUGAAUAUACAGAUUUUUACUUUUAUGAGACUGCUUAUAUGUGUGGCUGUGUCUGUAGAAGAUUUAAUGCCAAUGAAGCGUUUGUUACAAGUCAAUAUGGAAUAUCGUCUGGUCUGUUUCUUCAAACAACAUCCAAAGAACUGCAGAUUGCUAUUCAUGAUCCACAAGAAGAUCCAAAUAUGGUGAGGGAUGGUAGAACUGUGAGAAAUGGCACUGAAACAUUUAUAGAAAUUCACAGGAGAGAGUAUAAAUCUUUACCAAGUCCAUAUAUAGCGUAUGGAAAUCAGAUUUGUAUAGACGACACCGAUUACGGCUUUGUUGAUUGCAAACGUAAAUGUUUUAAUGAAAUGUUAAAGAAAGAGUGUAGCUGCACGAUGAACCCUUCUCCAACAGGAAAUGAAACAUAUUGCGUCGAUGAUUACCAUACCAAUACUUGUGCCGCAGAACUUUAUGGGGCUAUAUUACAGUCGUCAACAUUAUGUGUUUGUCCUCCAGAAUGCCGGAUCAUUAAGUAUGACCAAGUAUUAUCAUCCGUAACGAAUAAGUAA